CCGUAGUUGUUGUUCUCAGUUUCGAGAGAUUUCGGUAGCAAGCUUUGAAAAAAUGGCAUCAGAGCUUCAAUUGCCACCGGGCUUCAGAUUCCAUCCAACGGAUGAGGAGCUCGUUUUGCACUAUCUCUGCCGCAAAUGUACCUCUCAACCCAUAGCCGUUCCCAUCAUCACCGAAAUCGAUCUCUACAAGUACGAUCCUUGGGAUCUUCCUGGUAUGGCUUCGUAUGGAGAGAAGGAGUGGUAUUUUUUCUCACCACGGGACCGGAAAUAUCCGAACGGGUCGAGGCCGAACCGGGCAGCUGGGAGCGGGUACUGGAAGGCAACCGGGGCGGAUAAACCCAUUGGUAACCCGAAACCAGUUGGGAUAAAAAAAGCAUUAGUUUUUUACGCAGGGAAAGCACCAAAAGGGGAUAAAACUAAUUGGAUCAUGCAUGAGUAUCGUCUCGCUGACGUGGAUCGCUCCGUUCGCAAAAAGAACAGUUUAAGGCUGGAUGACUGGGUGCUUUGUCGAAUUUACAAUAAGAAGGGGACAAUCGAGAAACAACCAAGCAGCGUUGUUGUUAGCCGGAAAACCGAAUCGUUCGAAAUGGAGGAAGACAAGAAGCCGGUGAUUGUGCCACAUGUGGGUGGUCUUCCGCCACCGCCUGCGACGGCGCCGGCUCCGAUGACCGAUUAUAUGUACUUUGACGCGUCGGAUUCAAUCCCGAAGCUGCACACGGACUCGAGCUGCUCAGAGCAGGUGGUGUCGCCGGAGUUUGCCAGCGAGGUGCAGAGCGAGCCGAAGUGGAACGAGUGGGAGAAGAACCUUGAAUUUCCCUAUAAUUACGUGGAUACCACUUUCGGGUCCCAAUUCCAGAGCAGUAAUCAGAUGUCGCUGUUGCAGGACAUGUUCAUGUACCCACCCAAGCCCUUCUGAGCAUAAAUAAAGCUUCGCCACUCGCCACUCGCCACACAUUUGCAUCGCACGGUAGCACGAGACGGAAAGGUCUAUGAGUGUGCCUGUGCGAGCUCAUAGAUGAUUAUAUUGAUUAAUUUAUCUGGAAGAGAACAUCAACGAGAAAGAAAAAAGGAAAAAAAAAAAUAGAAGCUGGAAAUGCAUGUGUUGGGUCCACCAUUAUGCACCGGUUGUGAUUAGGACAAUCCAACGGUGCUUGUUUGACUCGCCUCUAGGAUUAGCAUGUGUACAUACAGCUAUUGUAGAAUGUAGAUAAGGUAUAGUAUAGGAGACGUUCUUAGUGAUAGGAGGUCAAUUUGGACCUUCUAAUAUAUAUAUAUAUAUAUAUAUAUAUAUAUAUAUUAAGGAAUUAAUUUCUUAAAAUACGUUAUAUUGUGAUAGCAAAAAUCCCUCACAAUUGUACCGGGACGUGUUUGUGUGUUCACUUUUCAUUUAUGUACCUCUAUUUAAUUUCUAGUGUAAUGCAAUUAAUAGUCUAAAAUUGUUUAUUUUUGUUAUUCAAAUUAAUU